AUGGCGUUCCACGGGCUAAAGCUAAGAACUGACUGCCAACGACUCCUACAAAGCAAAGAACAAACAACAGCAUCCGUUUCACAAGAGAAUCUCCUGCUCCAAGUUACCUUCAAUCGCAGCUUUUUACUUCAUAUGCUACCUAAGAAGCGACCUGCUGAAGUAAUAAAGCUAGACGACGAUAGCAGUAGUGAUAAUAAAACUGAUAAUUUGCAUAAAAAGCCUCGGGUCGGUUGUUUGAUCUCUUCUUGUUCAUCGAUAAAUUCCAGAACGACCAUCACCGGGACGGCGGAUUGUGAUCAGAAGAAAAGCAGCGGUGGUGGGGAAUCUAAUAGCAACAGCAGCAAUAGCGUGGCAGUAGAGGAUAAUAAUAGCGCGAGUAAUAUGGGAUUUGAAGAUGGGAAUUUGCAGGAGAUCGAUGAAGAUCUCCAUAGCAGACAGCUUGCUGUGUAUGGUCGUGAGACUAUGAGGCGGCUCUUUGCAUCUAAUGUGCUGAUUUCUGGGAUGCAAGGACUUGGUGCUGAGAUAGCGAAAAAUCUUAUACUUGCUGGAGUCAAGUCUGUGACUUUACAUGAUGAAGGUGCAGUGGAACUUUGGGAUCUGUCCAGUAAUUUUCUUUUUUCAGAAAACGAUGUUGGCAAGAAUAGAGCUCUAGCCUCUGUCCAGAAGCUUCAGGAGCUCAACAAUGCUGUACUCGUCUCCACCUUGCCUACAAAGUUGACUAAAGAACAACUUUCCAACUUUCAGGCUGUGGUCUUUACCGAUAUAGAUUUAAAGACAGCUAUUGAGUUUGAUGAUUACUGCCACAACCAUCAGCCUCCUAUUGCUUUCAUCAAGACCGAAGUCAGAGGGCUUUUUGGUAACAUUUUCUGCGAUUUUGGCCCCGAGUUUACUGUAGUUGAUGUUGAUGGUGAAGAACCACAUACUGGCAUCAUUGCAUCCAUCAGUAACGAUAACCCUGCGUUAAUAACAUGUGUUGAUGAUGAAAGACUCGGAUUCCAAGAUGGAGAUCUUGUUAUAUUCUCUGAAAUUCAUGGAAUGACAGAACUUAACGAUGGAAAGCCAAGGAAAGUUAAAAGCUGCAGGCCAUAUUCAUUCUUUCUUGAAGAAGACACAACUAACUUCGGGACAUAUGUGAAAGGUGGUAUUGUGACUCAAGUCAAACAGUCAAAGGUUCUCAAUUUCAAGCCUUUAAAAGAAGCACUUGGAAACCCAGGGGAGUUUCUAUUGAGUGACUUUUCUAAAUUCGAUCGCCCUCCUCUUUUGCAUUUAGCAUUCCAAGCACUCGAUAAAUUCGUAUCUGAAUCGGGUCGGUUCCCGGUUUCCGGGUCGGAAGACGAUGCACGGAAAUUGAUUGAUAUUGCUGGCAACAUGAAUGAAAGCUUGGGAGAUGGAAAACUAGAAGAUAUAAAUCCGAAACUUUUGCGGGAUUUUGCAUACGGGUCCCGGGCAGUUCUCAAUCCAAUGGCUGCCAUGUUUGGUGGGAUAGUCGGACAAGAGGUUGUGAAAGCAUGUUCCGGAAAGUUCCAUCCACUUUACCAAUUCUUUUACUUUGAUUCCAUCGAGUCACUUCCUACUGAGCCUUUAGAACCCGAAGACUACAAACCUUUAAACAGUCGUUACGAUGCUCAAAUAUCAGUAUUCGGAGCUAAAUUCCAGAAAAAACUAGAAGACACUCGAUCUUUCCUUGUGGGGUCUGGCGCGUUAGGUUGCGAAUUCUUGAAAAAUCUAGCCUUGAUGGGUGUUUCAUGUGGCUCUAAAGGGAAACUAACAGUCACAGAUGAUGAUGUCAUCGAGAAAAGCAAUCUCAGCAGACAGUUUCUGUUUCGUGACUGGAACAUUGGACAAGCGAAAUCAACGGUUGCUGCUUCUGCAGCUUCAUUGAUCAACCCUCGUCUUCAGAUCGAAGCUUUACAGAAUCGUGUGGGACCCGAAACCGAGAAUGUGUUUGACGAUACUUUCUGGGAGAAUUUGAAUGUUGUUGUGAACGCAUUGGACAACGUGAACGCUAGGCUUUAUGUUGAUCAAAGAUGCUUAUAUUUCCAGAAGCCGCUUCUCGAGUCUGGAACACUCGGUGCUAAAUGCAACACGCAGAUGGUUAUCCCUCAUUUGACCGAAAACUACGGUGCUUCCCGGGACCCGCCCGAGAAACAAGCGCCUAUGUGUACCGUGCAUUCGUUCCCGCAUAACAUUGACCAUUGUUUGACUUGGGCUCGGUCGGAAUUCGAAGGAUUACUUGAGAAAACACCAUCGGAAGUUAACGCGUAUCUUUCUAAUCCGGGGGAAUAUACAUCCGGAAUGAGGAAUGCCGGUGACGCCCAGGCUAGGGAUAAUCUAGAACGGGUUCUUGAGUGUCUCGAUAGGGAAAAAUGUGAAUCGUUUCAAGAUUGCAUCACUUGGGCUCGUUUGAAGUUUGAAGAUUACUUUUGUAACCGUAUGAAACAACUGAUCUUUACAUUCCCGGAAGAUGCUGCGACCAGUACCGGAGCACCGUUUUGGUCAGCCCCGAAGCGAUUCCCGCGUCCAUUGGAAUUCUCUGUUUCCGACCCGAGUCAUCUUCAUUUUGUGUUGUCGGGUGCCAUUCUUCGAGCGGAGACAUUCGGGAUUCCAAUUCCGGAGUGGGCCAAGAAUCCCAAGAAAUUAGCCGAAGCUGUUGAAAAGGUUAUUGUCCCGGACUUUCAACCAAAACAAGGUGUCAGAAUAGAAACCGAUGAAAAUGCCACCACUUUAUCAGCUGCAUCUGUUGACGAUUCUGCAGUUAUCGAUCAGUUAAUCAAGAAUAUAGAACGUGCCAGAAAGUCUCUUCCUUCCGAUUAUACCAUGAAGCCUAUUCAGUUUGAAAAGGAUGAUGACACGAAUUACCACAUGGACUUCAUAGCUGGACUAGCAAACAUGAGAGCAAGAAACUACAGCAUCCCGGAAGUUGACAAACUGCGAGCCAAAUUCAUAGCUGGCAGAAUCAUCCCAGCAAUCGCCACGUCAACCGCCAUGGCAACCGGUUUAGUCUGCCUCGAGCUUUACAAAGUCAUCGACGGGGGCCACAAGGUGGAAGACUACCGCAACACGUUUGCCAACCUGGCACUCCCGUUGUUCUCCAUGGCAGAGCCGGUCCCACCAAAGGUGAUGAAGCACCAAGACCUGACGUGGACAGUGUGGGACAGGUGGACGAUCAAGGGCAAUCCUACUUUAAGGGAACUCAUCAAAUGGCUUGCUGACAAGGGACUUGAUGCUUAUAGCAUUUCGUGUGGGAGUUGCUUGUUGUACAACAGUAUGUUUCCUAGGCAUAAAGACAGGAUGGAUAAGAAGGUGGUGGAUCUGGCGAGAGAUGUGGCAAAGAUGGAGAUUCCGGAGUAUCGCCGCCACCUGGAUCUGAUGGUGGCGUGUGAAGAUGAGGAGGAAAAUGACAUUGAUAUCCCUCAGGUAUCUGUAUACUUUCGUUGACCACUGAAUCAACAUUUAGGGUUUACACCAUUUGGUUGUGGGAAUAAUUUGAAGAUGGUUGUGUAAGUGUAACAUCUGUAUGAUUGCUGUUUUAUAUAUACAUUUGUUGGGAUGAAGUGACAUUGUUGAAUAGACAGACAUCUGUUUCAAAUACUCAUCAACUAUGCCAUGUAAGAGUUAAAUUAAUCGUGCUUCUGCAAUAAAUUUCUUUUAUAUCUUCUGUCA